GGACAAAACCAUGGAUUUCUCCAAAAACAUAACAUCUUAAGAAAGGUGAAUAAAAAGGGAAAGGGCAAAGAACAAAUACGUUGUUGUCUCAGCUGGUGCUCGCUCACUUCCCCGUUUUCUUGGAACUUAUUCUUCUCUUUUCUUGCAACAAUAAAACAUAAUUCCAAUUCUUUUCCCUUUUUCUACUCUCUCUGAAUUCUGUUUCAUUCCUGAAAGAAGAAGAUCAUCCAAAUGGGAUCUUCUUCCGGCCAGAGUAGCAACUACGAUCUGUCCUUUAAGGUUUUGUUGAUCGGCGAUUCAGGUGUCGGCAAGAGUAGUCUUCUUCUCAGCUUUAUCUCUACUAAUGCUGAAAAUCUUGCCCCUACUAUUGGUGUGGAUUUUAAGAUCAAGCUGCUUCAGGUGGGUGGGAAGAGGUUGAAGCUGACCAUCUGGGACACUGCUGGACAAGAGAGAUUCAGAACAUUGACAAGUUCCUACUAUAGAGGUGCACAAGGGAUCAUUCUUGUGUACGAUGUAACACGGAGAGAAACGUUCGAUAACUUGUCGGACGUAUGGGCUAAAGAAGUGGAACUCUACUCAACAAAUAAGGAGUGUGUCAAGAUGCUUAUUGGUAAUAAGGUUGACAGAGAAUCUGAAAGGGCUGUGAGCAGGGAGGAGGGGAUUGCUCUAGCAAAGGAGCUUGGAUCCUUUUUUCUUGAAUGCAGUGCUAAAACCAGAGAGAAUGUGGAGAAAUGCUUUGAAGAGUUGGCAUUGAAGAUAAUGGAGGCUCCUAGUCUGAUUGAAGAAGGAUCCACUGUUGUAAAAAGAAACAUUCUGAAGCAGCAAGAAUUACAGCCUGCACCAACUGCAAGUUGCUGCCUCUAAAAACUCCAGUACGAAACGUCGAUAUAGCACGAUUCUCCAUAUCGACAGUUCCUGUACAUGUCUCCUACUGCUCCUCCUUGUCAUCGAGUUGUUUGUUUGCCUAAAUGACUGUAAUUAAGAGCUGAAGAAAGAAACAAGAAAAAAAAAAAAAAAAAAAAUCAAAUAUAGUAACCUCCUUUGUUCCUUCCAGUUUUUCUUCCCAUCUUUUGGAUUGUUAUGGCAUUGUAUUCUACCUAUCUAUACUAACCAAACUCGGCUUGUAUCA